CUGCCAACCUCUCGCACCUCUUAUACUACUCUCCACACACUUUAAUUAUCUCUUUCUUAAUUUUCUAAUCUUAUCAUUCCUAAUACGUCACACAUGGACAUAUAGAGAAUCUGUGAUUUUUUAACUGAUCACACCACCCUCAUACAACACACUUCAUCUAACCACCCUCUGUAAUUUUUAUUUUUUUUAAAAUCCUUUUCAUUGUUUUGGCUGGUGAAUGAAGGGAAAAAAUUAAGCAAGAAACUGGACAUACCCAAAUAAAAAUCUUGAUUUUCGAUCAGGGCUUUCGACAAGAAGCAGGCGGGAGCAGAAAUUGAUAAGGAAUUAAGCAAAAUGGCUAUGGUUUCUAACACUAACUCAUUCUUAAAGUCACAGAGGCACCAAGUUUACUGCAGAAAGAAGGAGAAAGAUAAGAGUCAAAAUCCCCAACCCUAUAAAGUCAUUGAAAUUUCACCUCCUCCCAAGAACCUUGGCAUACGUUGCCUCCCCUCUAACUUGCAGUGUGGAGAAAGUGUAACCAUUGAAGGCCGAGCUUACACCAUUUCAGCUGUAACUCAUCGUUAUCAGCUUCGUAAAGGGAAAUACGAGCCUAGUGAGAAGAGGCUUGAUGUGUUGUCUACUGGAAGAUAUAUCUUAAAUUUGUACUUGGAAAAUUUGCUAGAACAAUCUUGACUAUGAUGUAGAUUACUCUUUUUCCCUUCAUCUUUAUGUAUACAUUAUGAAAUACAACUUCAUUCAAUUGCCUGUGUCAAAUGAGCUCGUUUGAUAUA